AUGGAUGAAAUAUUUAACCAGAGCGGAGCAGUGAAUCGAAGUUGCUCUGACGAUGAUAAAUUCAGUGUGGAAGACAUCGACAUCAGCGCGGACGGCGCCCUGGUCCUGAGGAUACUCAUCUCCGUGGUGUACUCUGUAGUUUGCGCAGUGGGUUUGGUGGGCAACCUGCUGGUCUUUUUCCUCAUGAGGUUAAGGCAAGGUCGGAAGAAGUCCACCAUCAAUUUUUUCAUCAUUAACCUGGCAGUGACGGACUUCCAGUUCGUGCUCACGCUGCCCUUCUGGGCCGUGGACACCGCGCUGGACUUCAGCUGGCCGUUCGGAGACGCUAUGUGCAAAAUCGUCCUGUCGGUCACCGUGAUGAACAUGUACGCCAGCGUGUUCUUCCUCACCGCCAUGAGCGUGACCCGCUACCUGUCCGUCGCCUCGGCCCUGAAGAAAAGAGCUUGCAGGAGGUCGUGCUGCGUGAAGUGGGUGUGCGCGGUGCUGUGGGUGGCGGCGACGGUGGCCACCGCGCCGACAGCCGUCUUCUCCACCGUGACCGUGGUGGCGGGAGAAAAACUCUGCCUCCUCAAGUUUCCUGAAGGGCACGACUGGCUCGCCCUCUACCACAUCCAGAAAAUACUGAUAGCCUUCAUCAUCCCCAUGCUCAUAGUCUCUGGUAACUAUCUGAUGCUGCUGCGCUUCUUAAGACGGAAGAGCAUGGACAGCAGCAUCCCGAAACGAAGAUCUCGAGUCACCAAAUCUGUCGCUAUAGUGGUCUUGUCUUUCUUCUGCUGCUGGAUGCCAAAUCACGCCAUCACCUUCUGGGGCGUCUUAGUCAAAUUUAACGCCGUCAACUGGGAUAAAUCCUAUUACAUGGUGCACACGUACGUGUUCCCAGUCACCGUGUGCUUGGCGCACGCGAACAGCUGCUUGAACCCGGUGCUUUACUGCCUGAUGAGGCCGGAGAUCAGGAAGAUGCUCAGCGCUCUGUUCUGGAAGGUCUCCACUCCGUCCUCCAAGAGGGACUGUCCGACGCGCUCUUUUACGCACGGAGAAACCCAGGGCGUCGUGCCUCUCCGGAUUAUGGACGACGGAGAGUGCACGCUGUCCAUCAUAGAUCGGAAGGGCACGUCGAACUCCAAAAUGAGCCCAUACACCGGUUGA